AUGGAGAUGAAAAUGAACAAUAUGGAGAAAGAUGAAGCUGCCGAUGAUUCGCGAACGAUCGUAUUCAUUUCCAAAACAGGUGGUCGUUUCGAAGUAUCCAGGGCCUCAUUACUACAGACCAGCGAUUAUUACCAAGCCCUGGUCAAAAGUGGAAUGAGAGAUGCACGCUUCAGUGAUCUUGCAUUGGAGUUUUUGUCUGAUGAUAGCCUGCAAGAGGUUAGAGAAUUUUUAUUGAGCCCGAGAUGCAGUGAAGAAGAAAAUGAAAAAUGUUCCAGAAUAAUUAAGCGAUUGACGGAUAUAAAAAGAGGUUUGGAAGGUGCGUCCUAUUUGCAAAUCAAUGACAUGAAAACAUUAUAUCUGAAAUAUCUUUUGAGAUAUUUCAAUGAGACAUCGUAUGUACGUCUUAUGAAAUUUGCAAAAAAGUACGCUUCGGUUGAAGAUAUGGAAAUGAUUUAUGACUCUCUAAUGAUGAAUUUCAGAAACAUUGCAAAGCAUCCCAAAAUCAUGCCAUACAAUGUUUUGUUUCGUUUGGUUAAGUCGGAGCUGGUCAAUGCGGACAGUGAUUUCGAUAUUUUAAAAAUAAUCAUUGAUUGGAUUUCUGCCAAAGAAUCAAGAAGAUCAUAUGCAGAAAAAUUAUUAAAAAAUGUCAGGUUCGAUUUAAUGUGUACUGAGGAAAAACAAAAAAGUGCUGAAGCGAUAAAGAAAAUGGAACUAGAUGUUCCUCUUACCGAAAGAACUUCAAAUUGUCAUCGCGGUGUCGGUAGAUUAUUUGCUCUUGUGAAUAACAACACGGAUGGCUUUAAUAGCGAAUGCUAUUCAGUCUCCUUGUUUGAUUUUGUUAGAACUUGCGACAGCAGAAAAAGCACGACUCCGCCCGUCGUCAAGUUCAACCAUAUCGACAGAUAUGGACCACGCGAUUAUUAUGAACAGUGUACGUACCAUUUGGUCAACUAUCGUCUGUACAUGGUUGGAGGUGAAAGAUAUUAUUAUAUGAAGAAAAGAACAUUGUUUUACGAUUUGAAGUCUUGUAAAUGGGGGAGGUUGGCUGACAUGGGAGUGGCAAGGAGCAACUUCUUCUUGGGAAAUAUAGGGAAAUACUUGUACGCAGUUGCUGGGUUUUGCUGUCAUGGAGAAGUUGAAAGGUUCAACCCGGAUAAAAACAGGUGGAGCUGGUUGGCCCCUUUGCCAAUUGCCGUUUCUGGUUUGGCAGGUUGUGUACAUAACGGGAUGAUUUAUGUCAGCGGCGGAUACAGAUAUGGAGAUGAAUUUCGAAACGAGAAUCGGGUGUGGCAGUAUGAUCCUGCAUUUGACGUUUGGAGUGAGAAAUGUCCCAUGUUAAGCAGGCGACGUGGGCACGUCAUGGCCUUUGUUGGAGACGUCCUAUUAGUAGUUGGCGGUGGACUAAGGAAAUCGUUGAUGAACGGUGAGAUGUAUGAUUUUGCAACUGAUCAGUGGACAUAUGUGUUAAAGUUGAAGAUGCCAGUCCUGGAAUCCCCAUCCAUCCUCUUCAACAACUGCCUUUAUAUCUUCACAAAACGUAGUUAUGGAAAACCUAAAAAUCUUUACAUUCAAAAAAUAAACUUGAAGAAGUAUCUUAAUAACACUAACACGGAUGAUAUUAAUAUUACUGACGAUUACGUUUAUAAUAUAAAUGAUGAAGAUGACGAGGAAGAAGUUGAUGAUGAGGAAGAAGAUGAUGAAAAUAUCGAUAUCUAUGAUAUGAAUGACAAUUAUGACGACAACGCAUCUGAUACUACAGAUGAAAAUUACGAAGAGGAGGAGGAGGAAUAUAUUGAGGACAACGGAAGUGUUGAAGAUAAUAAUGAGGAAGAUGAUGUCGUCGUUGAUGACGCAUAUGAUGUCGUCGUUGAUGACGCAUAUGAUGUCGUCGCUGACGAAAACAAUGUUGAGAAUUCUGUCAUACAUGUUGUCGAUCGAGUUUCCAUUGCCGUGGAUGAAGAUUUUGUUGACCAUUUUCCAAUUCAGGAAACUGGAAAUGUUGUCCACAAUGAUGACUUCAUUCUCCCUGAUAUUAAGGUCGACGAUGACAUCAUAAAUGAUUAUGAUGACGUCAACGUCGACCUUAUUAAUGAUGACGAUGAUCUUUGCCAGAUAUAUAAGUUUAAUGCUGGGAAGAAAUUGUCUACCAUUAAUUGGAUUGGCAUGGUUAAUAUGUCAACAGAUUUAUGA